AUCAUUCGAAGCACAGUUUUCCAUCUGAGCAGAUCAUCAGCAAUCGUCCUGUAAAAUGUUCGCCGAGACAGCUCUCAUUGCCAACACCCAAGGAGUGACCGAGAAGCGUUCGCUAACCGGCGCCUCCAACAACAUGAGGAAACUGCUGAAGUCCUUCAAGAAGAUCUUCAGGAACUCGAAGGUCGCCAAGGAGACGCCGAUCCCUAUCCUCCACACUUGCCACACCGAGGAGGAGCACCAGAACUGGCUCAACGAGCAACUGGAGGCCAAGAUCAUUAGCCUACAGCACUGAGUUCUUCAGGGAUGGCUCUUCAGCCCACCUCACCCCAUCGAGUAUCUGUGAUGUGACCCGAUUGCAAGGUCAUUAAAUGGGCACGUCAGCUUUAAACCUUCAACUCCAACUGUGAUGACGAGAACACGAGACUGAUCCCGCCUUGUGUGCCUCGGAAGCGUCCAACUGCGUCGCUUCCGCCAACUGUACAUAGCCAAUUAGCUCCUAGAAUGUCUUCAAUAAUGCUUUAAUCUAGCCGUAAUCAUCGUAGCCGUAAUCAUUGUCUUCCAUUAGUUUUUAAGCGAAUCAUUGUCUUCCAUGUUUGUUUGUUUAGGGUUCAAAAUUAGCUUAAGAAUAAAAAUCCCUCGAGGAAAAAAAAAAACAAAA